AUGGAAAUUAUUGAUUAAGAGUCUCGCAUCCUAAGUCAACGAAUCCUAAACGAAUUUCAUAUAAAUGAAAUACGAAAUAAUUUCAUUAGCAUUCUAGGAAUCAACAAAACUCAUUUUGGGUAAUACCUCUAAAAACUAUCUAAAGAAUUGCCGAUUUCACCAAUCUUAUUUAUACAUUGGCUGAGAAUAAUCAGGUCUCAAAAUCUACUAUCCAAGAAUGUUUUAACAUCUUCGACGAAAACAAAGACGGCAAACUUGAUUGGAAUGAAUAUUUGAAGUUGUUUGUAGAAUACAUGAAGAAAGUCUAAUGUCUAACAUACUUGAAAUCGUUGUCCUCCUUAGAAGAAUAGAGCUAGUACUUCAUAUAUAUUAAUCGAUAGAUAUCUCCAACAAUUAUAAAUAGCCUUUUUGGCCUCUCCAUUCAAAUAAUUGUUCACCACUUAAAAUUUGCAAUCAGUUGAACAUAUUUUAGCAUCCUAUGAAAAUAGAUCCUCAAAUAAACACAUCAAAAAAUACUAUUUUAUCUGCAGAGAUUCCUUUGAACCUUCUUUAAAUCAAUUCCAUCUAGAUCACAUCAUAUUUUAAGACUUUAAUAUUUUGCCAGCCUAAAUCAUUUAAGUUCUCAAAGGAGUAUUAUUAUAAAGAUUACCCCACGUAAAAAUUAAUAAAAUAGAAUAUGUGAAUAAAUUGAUUGCCUAGAUCAUAAACAAUGGAUAUUGUGAUCAUCUACUCAAAUUGCUCCUGGUUGAUGAUGACAAAGAUCAAGUUCUUACAGACGAAAAAGAUUAAAAUCAAAUUCUAGGAAUGCAAGCACUUACAUUAAUUGCAGCCACCAUUCACAUCUACGAAAUCCAAAUACUCAUCCCUAUCUAGAGUAUCCUACUAGUAGAUACAAUAUUAAAUAUCAUUUCUGAUACCCAAAAUGAUCUCAUCAUUGAAUAAGGUUAUAUCCUACUAGGACAUCUAAUUCUAUAUGAUAAAACCUACCAAUAAAUAUUGUUUACCAAACGACAAGCUCUUCUUGAUGUCUAGCUUAUUGAUGAUGAAAAACUAUUUUACCACAGCUGGUUUAUUGGGUGUCUCUUCUCCAGAUAUGAUAACCAUUAAGCCAGCAAAUUUAUGACUUUAAUGAAUACCCUACCUGAUAAUCUACUUUGGCUCCAAAGUAUCCUCAAUUACUAUCAACAAUAUGGAUUAAUUUAAUCAAUCGAAAAAAACUAAAUCAGAAUAUAAAUCCAGAUUAAUAUGCUCAUUAUCAUUUAACCCUUAUUGGCCACCUAAAUACAUUAAGAUGUUCUUAUUGCACUUAUAUCAUAAUUACAAAAUUAAGCCACAGACAAUAGAUUCAAAAUGUAGAUCUUAAGUACUCUAAAAAAGGUAUUUAAAUUGCCUUACCAAUUGAAUUAUCAAAACUUUACAGCCUAAAACAUCCUCUUAUCAAACAAUCUAUUGAAUAUUUUGAUGUAACUUACAACAGAUCCUAAUUCAUAAUUGAGUUAUAAAGCUAAGAAACUAUUUUUUAAGACUUUGUGCCUUGAGAAUUCUGGAAUACUUCUAAAAUACUUACAAGAAUCUAAUAAUUUGCAAUCAUUCCUAUAUGUUCUUGAAAGUCAAUUUGUAUAAAAUGUCGAUGCCAACUUUUAGAAAUAUUUCAAAUAUAAGAUUCUCACUAUCUUAAGAUUAAUGAGUUAAGAUAGCAACACAUUCUAAAUCAUAUCCACUGAUCAAUGGUUCUUUAAAAUACUCAUCAAAGCACUUAACGAUAACAAUCAAAUCUUUACUGCGAAUAAUUAAAUAAUGAUUAAUUGCCAAUACGAUUAUCUUGUUAUUAAUGAAAUCACUGAAUAUUGUAUUACUUUUAAUCUUCACUUUUAACCAAUGUUCAGAUAAAAACCUCAAUUGUCAUAUCAAACUUUAGAGAUGAUUUAUAAAAUACUUCCAAAUUAAUAAGCUAUCAAUGAAAUCAAAUAAUACUUUGUUAUGCUUCUAGAGAACAUAGACAAGUAUCAACCACUAAUUUUAAAGAAAUAUUUGAAAUCUUUAUACUAGUCUGUUUGUGAGAUCGUAAAUCAACUUACUAGUUUGACAUUAACAUUGAAUGAACUUAUAAAGAAUAAUUAAGUCUUUCACAAUAAUUUCAUAUCUUUCUUAAAAUUCUUGACAAAUGAACUUGCUGUAUUUUAGGAGUACUUAGUAAGCAAAAAGGAAGUCAUAGAUGACACCUUAUUAAUCAUAGGCACAGAAGCCACUUAUGAUGGGUGUGUUGUUACAACAGUGUUUUUAAACACUUAUUAGAACUCCUCAAAAUGCAAGAUAGUGUUGAAACCUUAACUCACCUUAUUAGAAUUUGAAAAGCAUGUAGAGCAAGGCUUAUAAACUACAGGACCUCUUUUGUAUUUAGUGAUCAAUUAGAAUCAUCCUAAUAAAAUACCUUAUGAUGAUUUUUCGAUCAUAGAUGAAUUAUACUUUAGGAAAUUCAAAGAGCUUUCGGAUUAAUUUAUAGAAACCUAAUUCGGAAGCGUCAAGGUAUCUUAGGAGGUUAUAGCUGUUGAGCUCUAUAGAUUAAAGAUGGAAGAUUAUUCUAUGAAAAAGAUUUAUGAGAUCUUGAACAAAGGAUCAUCGUAUAUAUAAUUCAAAUAAAUUCAAGACAACCAGAUGUUGUGGUUUUUGGAGAAUAAUUCUGGUAUGUAUAAAAAUAUAAUUAAAUAGACACCAAAGACAAAGGCUAGUAAUUAUAGUAAAUAUUUCAAUUAACUAAAUUGCCUUACACUUAUAUUGAGAAUCUAUUCAAUGUAAAUUCAUCAUACUAUCAUUAUUAGUCCAUUAAUCAAUUUUUCGAUAAGAAUAAUAUUCAACAAUAAUAUCGACAAAUACUUCAAGAUGAUUUUAAGGAUUACUUAAAAGAUAUGAAGAUCCCACACUUGUUAGGUGUUAAAAUAGCCACCUUUUUAUCAAGGAAUGGACUUAAAAAUCCAGUUGACUUUCAGGAUUUUAUUUGUUUUGUUUCUUUAUUUUAUUAAUAGAGGUAAUUUUAUUGGUUUAUUAGAAUUACAGUUUUAGCGAAACCAUAAUAAUGAAGUUCACAUAUCUGUUGUAUGCUAACAAAGAUGGAAAAUUUGGUAAGGAUUAAUUGUGUGAAUAUUUGCAAACAAUUUUUGUAAUUAGUAUAAUAAACUUUAGGAUAUUUAAAAUUAACUUAUUAAUGAAUAAUAAAUUAAUGAAUGGGGAUCAAAUUUAUUUUUGAAAAUUGAUUAAAACCAAGAUGGUUAUAUUUCAUUUUAUGAAUACCAUGCUCUGUUGAAAGAGGAGUAAUAUAGAGCUAAACUAUUGGAUCCCAUUUGUGCACUAUUUACAAAUUUGCCAUUUCAAAAUACAUCUAAUCGCUUCAUUUUUGGAACACCAAUAAAAUUAUUUAGAAGUUGA